CGAAAGCAGUCGGCUCCCCCUCCCCGGUCGGGUCGUCCCGCUGUACUCGCGCAGCAGAGCGCGCACUGCUCGUGAGGCGCCGCACCGCGUUGCACCCGCUCCUCCGCACUGCGAUCCGCGAGGCUGCCGGCGGACACCGGCCCCGGAACACCUGGACCGGAGGGGGGUGUGCGUGCGUGCGUGUGUGCGUGCGUGCGUGCGUGCGCGUGUGUGUGUGUGUGAAGGGGGCGCGCGUCGGGGCGCGGGACCGUGCUGGUUGUGGAGGCACCGACGAGCAAGACGACCUCAAUGCCGGAGACCCGAGUCCGGUUCCCCGAGUGGCGACGCGCGGCGACCCCCUCGGAGCGGUGAUGGCGCGGUUCUCGGGGGGGGGCUACCUGACUUUUGGCGUCCUCGCGCUCCUCGGCACGCGAGUCCCGGCCACGUUAGCGAGAGGUCCCCGAGGUGAGGCCCUGCAGCAUGGCCAGUCCGGGACCCUCCCCCGCUUCCUGGAGGAGCCCGUCGACGCUUACAUCGUCAAGAGCAACCCCAUCAAGCUGCGGUGUCGAGCUCGGCCCGCGCUGCAGAUCUUCUUCAAGUGCAAUGGCGAAUGGGUCCACCAGAGCCAGCACGUGUCUCAGGAGCACACCGACCUGGGGACAGGGCUGAAGAACCGCGAGGUGACGAUCAACGUGUCCCGGCAGCAGGUGGAGGACUUCCACGGCCCCGAGGACUACUGGUGCCUGUGCGUCGCCUGGAGUCACCUGGGGACCUCCAAGAGCCGCAAGGCCACCGUCCGCAUCGCCUACCUGAGGAAGAACUUUGAGCAGGACCCGCAAGGCACCGAGGUGCCCCUGGACGGCAUGAUAGUGCUGCACUGUCGGCCCCCGGAGGGCGUGCCCGUGGCUCAGGUGGAGUGGCUGAAAAACGAAGAACCGCUCGACUCCCCCAACGACGACGGCUCCGAAUCGAGAGGCGGCCACAAUCUCAUCGUCUCCGAAGCCCGGCUGUUUGAUUCCGGCAACUACACCUGCGUCGCCAGCAACAUCGUGGCGAGGAGACGCAGCGCCACCGCCGCCGUCGUGGUCUACGUGAACGGCGGCUGGUCGUCGUGGACCGACUGGUCUCCGUGCAACGUGCGCUGCGGUCGCGGCCUGCAGAAGCGUUCUCGCACCUGCACGAAUCCAGCUCCUCUCAACGGGGGGGCCUUCUGCGAGGGCAUGUCGGUACAGAAGAGCACCUGCAACACGCUGUGUCCAGUGGACGGCGGCUGGGCCGAGUGGAGCGAGUGGUCGGCGUGCGGCUCGGACUGCGAGAGGCAGCGCGGCCGGGAGUGCACGGCUCCGGAGCCCAAACACGGGGGGCGGCUGUGCGACGGCGUGGCGCUCGCCACGGACAACUGCACCGGCGGCCUGUGCACGCAGAAUCGCAAGUUGCUGCACGACGCCAAGCCUCAGGGCGUGGAGAGCAGCAGCGGCGGCGACGUGGCCCUGUACUCGGGCCUGGCGGCCGGGGUGGUGACGGUGGUGCUGCUGAUCGUCGCCGUCACUCUCUACCGGAGGAGCCAGAGCCAGUACGGCGUCGACGUCAUCGACUCCUCCGCCCUCACCGGCGGCUUCCAGUCCUUCAGCUUCAAGACGUCUCGCCAAGCGAACCCCCUGCUCAUCAACUCCUCCAUGCAGCCCGGUCUGACGGUGUCGCGCACCUACACCAGCCCCAUGUGCUUUCAGGACUCCGUCGACAAGGAGCUGAUGGCCGAGCGCUCCCUCCUGGACCCGUUGCCUGAUCUGAAGGUCAAAGGGGAGGCCGAGAGGGCCGAGUACCGCGUCAUGUCCCACCCGCAGACCUUCCCGAGGAGCCCGGCUCCGGACUGCAGGGGGGUCGCGGUCGGCAUGACGCUGGGCCGAAGAGGCCAAAACCUCCUCGCUCCACAAGUCCCUUCGACCCCCGGGAGGCCCCUCCACAGAGCCACCGCCGCGUUUGGUCACGCCGGGGGCCGGCUGGUGGUCCCGAACACAGGUAUCAGCCUGUUGGUGCCCCACGGGGGGAUCGCCGAAGACACGACGUGGGAGACGUACAUGGUCAUCCACCAGGAGGACGGCAGCGCCGCGUCCGAGGAGGAAGGGGCCGAGAUCUUCCUGAGCCCCGCCGUCACGUACGGCCCGCCGGGCCUCGACCUGUCCUGUCCCGUGGCCAUGACCGUGGCCCACUGCGCCGAGGUCGCCGCCGGCAACUGGACCGUCCGGCUGAAGAGACAAACGCAGGACAACAAGUGGGAGGAAGUGGUGUCGGUGGACGAGGAGAGCACGUCCUGCUACUGCCUGCUGGAGACCCACAGGUGCCACGUGCUGUUGGACCACCCGGGUCGCUACGCCCUGGUGGGCGAGCCGCUGAACCAGGACGCCGCCAAGCGGCUGAGGCUGGCGGCGUUCGGCAGCCCGGACGCCGGCAACUCCCUGGGCUUCACCCUGCGGGUCUACUGUGUGGACGACACCCCGCAUGCUUUUCAGGAGGUGGCAGUUGGCGAGCGCAGCAGGGGCGGGCGCCUGCUGGAGGAGCCCAAGAUGAUGCUGUUCAGGGGGAACACCUUCAGCCUCCAGGUGUCCAUCCAGGACGUCCCACAGCUGCUGUGGAGCAUCAAGCCUUUCACCACCUGCCAGGAGUUCUCCUUCGCUCAGGUGUGGGCCGGUAGCCGGCGCCCCCUGCGGUGUGCCUUCUCCCUGGAGCGACACAGCCACUCCUCCUCGCAGCUCUCCUGCAAGAUCGCCGUCCGACAGGUGAAGGGCGAGGAGCGGAUCCUCCAGGUCUACACGUCGGUGGUGGAGAGCGAAAAGGGAGUGGUUCCCUUUUUCACCCAGUCGGACUGUACCGUCACCUCUCAGACGGGUUCGAGGGCCUUCAAAAUCCCCCCCUCCAUCCGGCAGCGGAUCAGCGCCACCUUCGACACCGCCAACGCCAAGGGGAAGGACUGGCAGCUGCUGGCUCAGAAGCUCCACGUAGACAGGAACCUGUGCUACUUUGCGUGUCAGGAGAGCCCGUCAUCAGUGAUUCUGAGCCUGUGGGAAGCCCAGCACCAGGACUCGGGGGACCUGGACUCUCUGGCCAGUGCCCUGGAGGAAAUUGGAAAGGUCCAGUCCCCGAGGACGUCCACUCUGAGCUGCAGCAGACAAGAACGGGACUCGGAAUUCACUCAACUCGGGUAGGACGGGUCCGAGGCAGAUAACAACCGCGAUGAACCUUUGCUGCAUGGACACCGAGGACCGGGUGUACUAGCUAACCUGUGGCGAGGAGGAGGACAGACAUUGAGGACUCAGCGAUGGACAGUUACUAAAGGAACCCCCCCCCCCCCGCCGAAACAAACAGCACCUGCGGACCGACGGGGAGGUAUUUGUGUUACUGAGAAACAUUUAGAGAGAUAUAUAAGUGUCCCACACCCAUCUGUGAUUGAGAUGUCCUGUAGUGAGGGAUUGUGGAUAUGUGUGCGAGGAGGACUGAGGGGACAGGAGGGUGGAGUGUGUUUUAGACCCAUCUACGCCGGUGUUGUGACCUUCCCAGGAUCGGACGUGCCGACCCCCCCUCCCCCCGAACAGUCCAAAAUGUUUAGUGUAACGUCGUUCUGUUGUCAUGCAUUUUGCAGAUCUCCCAAUGCUUCUCCUGCAGCGUGUCUCUGAUGUUAGCGGACGCAAUGUACGGGACGCUGGAUAAUCUGAUCACCAUUCAAAAUGCAACCUUACAAAGCGUGCUUUGACCCCCCCCCCCCACGCCUCCCCCACCUCCGGAUAACAGUUAUUUUAAGACGCUUUCUACCACUCCGUGUGAAGCAGAAAGAGGAAUCCCGGCGAUCCCAUCGUCUCCGAUGACAGCGUCUCGCCGCGUGGAUCAUCGGGGACUCGUUCCAGCAGAGACGCGGCAUUAAAUGCAAAGUGGGCUUAAGUGGUCUUAAGUGUGUGCUUUCUACAUCCUCUGGGACUUCAUUUUUUUCCAGAUUUUAAUAUGACGUGUGGCUUAUUUUGAGCUGGCUUUUUUUUUUUGGGGGGGGGGGGGGGGAUCAUACCUGGAUGUCAUUAUUUACUCCCACUCCUGUGUCCUCUCGUCUCAGCUAGAUUCGCUCCACCCGCCCCCCAAACAUGAUAAAGUGACUUUGUGUUGAACUCUG